AUACACAAACCAUGGUUUCUUCAAAUCCCAUUUCUGUUCUCACGUUUCUCACUCUUCUCUUCUUCCUCUCUCCCUCGUCCUCCGCCGUCCCGACGGCAGAGAUUUGCCAAUCCACUACCUCCCCACCCUUCUGCAACUUCUUCCUUCCUAACUCCCCAGCUUCCGUCCACUCUCAUUGUCGCUUCACUCUUCACCAUGCCCUUGUCCACGCACGAACCUUCCUGUCACUCGUCAACGCCCACCUCAACCUCUUCCCCUCCCUCUCACCCCUCCACGAUUGCCGUAGCCUGGCGGAAGCCAACCUCGACUUCUUAUCCCAAACUUUCUCCAUAGUCAACUCCACUACCACGACACUUCUUCCCUAUUACGAUGCCCACGAGAAGUUAACUUUGAUGAGCGCAGUUAUCACUAACGAAGACACUUGUUACGAAGGGUUGGCGAGUUUGGACUCAGCCGUGGGAUUGGUUGAUAAGGUGUUGGAAGCUAUCUCUUUUGAUAAGAAGCUAUAUAGUCUGUACCUUUCAUUGUUCAAAAUGGGUUGGGUUUCUAAGGACUUGAAGGCUCCUACGUUGCCAAAAAUGAAACAUUUUGGGGUUGGGAAAGGGCAGUUGAAGCUUAAGAUGUCGCCCAAAGAUCGUGCUUAUUAUGAGCGGUUGGUUCAUAGGAACAAGCCGCCGGGUGCUAGAAGGCUUCUUCAAACCAAUUACCAAGAUGAUGGAAUUGUUAUCAAUGGCAUUGUUGGUGUGGAUCAAAAUGGAACGUACGACUUCACAAAUAUCACAGCCGCAAUAGCUGCAGCUCCCAACAAGACCACCGUCGCUAAGGGAUACUUCUUGAUCUUCGUCGCCGCUGGCAUUUACAACGAGACCGUAUUGAUUCCUAAAGAAAAAAGAUACGUUCUGUUGAUCGGAGAAGGUAACAACCAAACCAUCAUCACCGGCAACAAAAACGUCGUUGAUGGCUCAACCACUUUCAAUAGCGCAACCGUUGCUGUGGAGGGAACGGGGUUCUUGGGAGUGAACCUAACGAUCAGCAACACCGCUGGAGCUGCCAAACAUCAAGCAGUUGCGCUCCGAGUGAGCGCCGACAACGCGACGUUAUACAACUGCAUAUUCGAAGGCUAUCAAGACACUCUCUACACCCACUCCCUCCGUCAAUUCUACAGAGAAUGUGACAUCUACGGUACCGUUGAUUUCAUCUUCGGUAACGCCGCCGUCGUCUUACAAAACUGCAACAUCUACGCCCGCCUUCCGCUGAGUGGCCAGUUCAACGCCCUCACAGCGCAAGGCCGAACCGACCCGAAUCAAAACACGGGAACCUCUAUCCACAACUGCACCAUCAAGGCGACGCCGGAGCUCGCGGCAAGCCCCGCCACUAAGAGCUACUUAGGGAGGCCAUGGAAGCAAUAUUCUCGAACUGUUUACAUGCAAUCAUUUAUUGAUUCGUUUAUUGAUCCUGCUGGGUGGAAGGAGUGGGACGGCACUAUGAAUUUGAACACUUCUUAUUAUGCUGAGUUUAAUAACUCCGGGCCGGGCUCCGACACUUCUCAGCGAGUUUCGUGGGCGGUUGGUGUCAUUAACGCCACCGUUGCUAAUAGCUUCACGGUGUCUCAAUUCUUGGCCGGAGACCGAUGGCUGCCGCCCACCAACGUGCCUUACACCGGUGGUUUGAUAUCAUAAAUAAUAAAACCAGAUUUAAUCAAUUGAUUUCGUUAUGAUUGGAUUUUAAUUUGAUGUAUUAUUUAUUGGAGGAAUUUUAGUCACUUUCUUGGCUCUUAGUUUGUUUGUAUUUCUCUUCAUUUAUAUUAUAUGUAAUGAAUAUAGUUUUUUCUUUUUCGGUUUUGAGUCCAAAACAAAUAAGAUAUCAAAUCAACACAAAUUUGAACA